GUGGGGCUCCAAUGGGGCGGCUUGGCGAGGCGAGCGCGGUGAGUGCGGCGGUGGCGGCUUUGUAUGUGGCCAGCCUGCCCCCGUCCGUGCCCGGGGGAGACUCCGGGGAGCUGAUCACUGCCGCCUAUGAGCUUGGAGUCGCUCACCCCCCUGGCUAUCCUCUGUUCACCCUUCUGGCUAAACUGGCGAUCGAGCUGUUCCCUUUUGGUUCCGUUGCGUAUCGGGUGAACCUUCUCUGCGCGGUGCUGGGGGCGGCAGCAGCGUCUCUUCUCUUUGACACCGUUUCCAGGCUUUCCGGCGUACAGGCUGCAGGCAUCUUUGCCGCGGGGAUGUUUGCAUUCGCUCGCCUCACAUGGCAGUGGUCCAUCGCGGCGGAGGUUUUCAGCUUGAACAAUCUGUUUGUGGGGCUGCUGUUGGCGCUCUCCGUGCGCUUCGAGGAGGCGGCUUCCCCAGAGGAGAGAUCAAAGAUCUGUAAGGUUGGAGCCUUUUGCUGUGGUCUGAGUUUGUGCAACCAGCACACCAUUGUGCUUUAUGUGCUCUGCGUAGUACUGUGGGUUUUCUCUCGCUUGUUCAGGGAAGGGGAAUUGACUCCGGGCCGCGUGCUGAAGUUGACUCUCUGCUUCUUGGCUGGCUGCCUCCCUUAUCUCUACUUGCCUGCCUCUUCCUACCUCAACAAAGCCCGCUGGACCUGGGGAGACCAGACGACUCUGAAAGGAUUUAUGACCCACCUUCUUAGGGAAGAAUAUGGAACGUUCAAUCUGGCGAAAUCAGAAAACGGAUCCAGUACGACUGAUAUAUUGCUUUUCCAAGUGACUCAAAUGAAGGCAGAGCUUUCCCUCGUCGUCCCGGCUCUUGCGAUCGCCGCUUGCCUGUGUGCCUCAGCGAGGCUGAAGGUAAAGAGGCCACAUCUGGUGUACCUGUUUACUUUGAUGCUCUUCUCGUACUCAUUUUUCUUUGCUUGGAGAGCAAACUUGGACAUUUCAAAACCUCUCUUUAUGGGCGUGGUGGAGAGAUUCUGGAUGCAGAGCAAUGCAGUCAUUGCGGUUCUGGCUGGCCUUGGAUUGUCCUCCCUCUUUUCUCUGGCUGAGGCUCUACUUGCGAACCGCCGAAUUUUUCAGUGCUUGGAAUGGAUAGUAGCUACCAUUCUCGUUACGGGACAGAUCUACACCAAUUACAGCCUCUGUGACCAAAGCCGCAAUUAUGUCGUCGACCAAUUCGCAAGGAACGUUUUGUCCUCCAUGCCGCCAGACGCCAUCAUUCUUUUGAGAGGAGACUUGCCAGGGAAUUCUCUUCGUUACCUUCAUUACUGUGAGGGAGCGAGACCGGAUGUUACCUUAGUUGAUCAAGAGAUGAUGACUUACCCCUGGUACUUGCCAAAGAUUGCUAAACAUCUCCCCAGGGUGGUCUUCCCAGGGGAUCGAUGGAAUCCUGCGGAGGGGCUGUUGCCAGAUGGAUCAGUCACCUUUCAUCUGCGUCAUUUUCUCAAAGUAAAUAAACACAGGGAAACCUUCGUCUGCAUAGGACUUCAUGAGGGCGACCCCACCUGGAAAAAGGACUAUUUGCUUUGGCCCUGGGGCUCCUGUGAGAAGCUGGUGCCUUCGGAAACUCCCUUCGACCCUGUGGAGUGGAUCCGCCGUACCCAAAACCUCUACAAUUGGAGUGAGGCGUAUGGGAGGUUUGAUUCAUCUACGUGGGAAGCUGUAGCAAAUGAAGAGAUGUGGCAAGCCAGGAUGAAAACCGCCUUCUUCCUGUUCGGCCUUGCGGAAACGCCGUCCUUAGCCAGGGAUGUCAAAGCACAACUAUAUACCCUGUCGUACAAGCUGUACAAGGAAAUCGUAAGCGCACACAGAACACACCCGUCGAAUUGGCAUAAAAAUUAUGCAAUCGCGUGUGAGAGGAUGUUGCGCCUUAACCCGGAAGGGGAGGACCCGGAAGAAUUGCUGUUGGACACCAUCAAGCACUUCCACCUUUACGUGGAGGAGGCAGCUGACGAUCCCCAGCAAGACAGUAUUUUGGAAGCCGUAAAGCACCUGAGGAAAGAACUUUGGGACCUGAGGAAAAAGAAGGGAGGAAUCAAGAAGCAGGACGUACCAAACUGACUUUGUGACGCGCCACUG